CUUCAGACACGCAGGUAGCUGUUUGUGGAAGGACUUCUGAAACAGCGAAACAUGUUGCAAGCUUCCCUUCAAAGGAACGUGUAGUGUGUAGUGUUUUCCUCUUGCAUCUGUGAAUUAACCGAUAAAACAGUUGACAUUACUUCAUCGACAAACUGCUCCCUGACGAUUUUAAAUCAUCAACUCAGUUCUCUGCCAACGAGAGUUGUGUGUACUGUAGAAGUCUAGUCAGUAACGCAGUCAUCAAGCCAUCGCCCUUCAGGAAUUUCCAAUAACAGAUCAGUAAAGAGACAUCUGGUACAUCCCCGACUGUUAUCAUUCUUCAUCUGUGGUGAUAAUGUCCUGCAGAGAAAUCAAGAUAAUUCCGAGGCAGUUCUAGCCGCGCCAUCGAGAGGGUUGCUGACAAGUUCAUCCUCAGUGUGACGAUGCCAGUAGUUUGUACAGAAGGUUACCAAGAAAUUCACCAGUUGUGAAGAGACUCGGUGCUUUUACUCCCAGAAAUAGUCGAAGUCGACAAGAUCAUCAUCUCAAGAUGGUCAGCAUGUCCAGAUACCUGUUCCUCUUGCUUGCAUCUGUUUGUCUGGUCCCGCAAGUGAUCAGCCAGAUACACUGUAUGAGGCCGUUACAGAGAUGUCUAAAUGGUGGAACAUGUGACUCCUACACAGGACAAUGCCAUUGUGCUGGAGCUAAAGGCACACUGUGUCAGUACCCGGAUGCUACCUUCACAACAGAAGCCACAACAGAGAUAUGUCAAAGAGCCGUGUGUGCGAAUGGGUCUGUAUGUUUGGAGAUGAAGGGCACAACAACAACAACAAUGGGUAUAUGUGCGUGUAACAUGCAGCAGACUGGCAGCCUGUGCAGCGACCCCCUGUAUCAAAUGAGAUGCACGCGGGAAUAUGUGGCGUUCACUUUCCUAGUGGAGGCUGGAGAGAGCAGUACGAUAGGUGCUGUACCACUCCUACACUUUGACAAACAGUGUAUGAUCCUUAGCGAUAGGCUGGCAGAAAUACCAGGAAUUGUGUCUGGGUGGCAUCUUCUGCAAGGAAAAGCUCUCCUCCAUCCCUCCAAUGAAUGUUACAAUGCCAUUGUAUCAACAGAGGGCGUGUACUCAGUGUAUACCCUGCACUACAUGAUGAACUACCAGAGUCCCCUCAGGGUGUCCGAGUACGACAGUGUGGUCAGCCUGAAGUGCAAGUUUAACACACAGAACAGCAACGAUGUCCAGACGAGUGUGGAGGUUCGUCCACUCCACCAGCCAGACAGGAAGUUGGAUUUGCAUACUAGAACGGCUACUCAAGGUUCGUUUGGUGACAUGAAGGUGCUGACGUCAGAAGGACAGCCACUUCCGCUUCAAACAGCUCUGGACAUCGGGGAGACCAUUAUCAUCGAGUUCCCUUUCAGUCAAAUACCGAUUCUGAACGAUCUAACACUUGGUGUUACGGACGUCACAGCCUUUCCAAGCGACAUCACCUCCGGCAUUCAACCUACCAUUCUGGUAGAGAAUGGGUGCAUCGCCAUGCCGGGAGCUGUACCCACUAUAGAGAAGUCGCCCAACUUCGUCAAAGUACAUCUUCGUGCUUUCCGCUUCCGACAGUCCGACAAGCUCCACCUCGUCUUCAACAUCAGCGCCUGUCGAGUCCAAGCUCUUUGCUCGUGUCAGGAUCCCUCCAGACAGCGUCGCGAUGUCACCACGGGAACAGUGACCAGCACUCACUCUCAGGGUUACGCCGUUACAUUGAAACUGAAGCCGUCACGUGACAGCACUCGGCUAGCAGCGCCCUCCUUCAAAGGCUGCCUGAAGACAUCCGAGUUCUCGGCCUUGCUGGCAAUGGCGGCUGUGGCGACUGUGGCGGCUGUCAUCGCGCUGGCUGUUGGUGGGGCGGUUCGUUUCUGGUCUCGCCAUAAAUAAUUGACAUCGCUGGAGAUUGUAGAUCAGCAACAUACGCUUCUCAUUCAACCCCGCCUCCGUUUCCAACUGCCAAGAACGCUUACAGAUGAAAUAAUGAUAUCAGGAUUUUAGUCAAUCUUGGAUUAUAAGCAACCGACUUUGAAAGCAAUAAAAAGUAAAAACAU